CCCGGGAAGCCGCCUCGGGGGCGAUGGCUGCGCCGAGCCCGGGGCCCCGCGAGGUCCUAGCUCCCUCCCCAGAGGCUGGACACAGAGCAGCCACCUCGAGCUCCAGACGCCGUGGCCUCCUCUGGCGUCUACGGGACAAGCAGUCUCGGCUGGGCCUGUUUGAGAUAGGCCCGGGUCAUGAGCUUCAUGGGAUGAUGUGUAUGAUGCAGGCAGGGCUGUGGGCUGCCACCCAGGUCUCCAUGGAUCACCCGCCCACGGGGCCACCCACCCAGGAGGAUUUCUCUGAGGUCCUGAUCCAGGUCCAUGAGGGCUUUGAGCUGGGCACUCUGGCCGGCCCAGCCUUUGCCCGACUGCGCCGCUCUCUGGGCCUGGCCGAGGAGGACUAUCAGGCUGCAUUGGGCCCCGGUGACCCCUAUCUUCAAUUCCUCAGCACCUCCAAGAGCAAAGCCAGCUUCUUCCUGUCCCACGACCAGCGCUUUUUCCUGAAGACCCAGCGGCGCCGGGAGGUGCGGACGCUGCUCGCCCACCUGCCCCGCUACGUGCAGCACCUGCAGCGGCACCCGCACUCGCUGCUCGCGCGGUUGCUGGGAGUGCACAGUCUGCGGGUGGCCAGAGCAAAGAAGAAAUACUUCAUCAUCAUGCAGAGCGUCUUCUAUCCCGCCGGCCGCAUCUCCGAGAGGUAUGACAUUAAGGGCUGCGAGGUGAGCCGCUGGGUGGAUCCGGCCCCUGAGGGCAGCCCUCUCGUCCUGGUGUUGAAGGACCUCAACUUUCAAGACAAAACCAUCGACCUGGGGCCCCAGAGGAGCUGGCUCCUCUGCCAGGUGGAACUGGACACCGCCUUCCUCCGGGAGCUCAACGUGCUGGAUUACAGCCUCCUGAUGGCUUUCCAGAGGCUCCACGAGGAUGAGAGGGGCCAGGACAGCAGCCUCAUCUUCCGCAUGGCCAGGUCUGUGCAAGGGGCACAGAGCCCGGAGGACCCGGGAGCCCAGAACCGCCGGCUGCUGCCCGAUGUCCCCAACGCGCUCCACAUCCUGGACGGGCCGGAGCAGCGCUAUUUCCUGGGCGUCGUGGAUCUCGCCACGGUCUACGGGCUCCGCAAGCGGCUGGAGUACCUGUGGAAGACACUGCGGUACCCGGGCCGGACCUUCUCCACGGUCAGCCCGGCUCGUUAUGCCCGGCGCCUUUGCCAGUGGGUGGAGGCGCACACCGAGUGACCGGCGCCCGGCCCCACUCUCCGCAUCUGGACAAUGGGCGCUCGCACGCUGGGAACGCAGGUUCCCGCCGGGCCGGGCAGCUCGCCUGCUGUUCCUCCUGAUGGCCACCUGAGGGCAGCAUUCCCUAGCUGAUGCCAUAACCACGCAGCCGCGUUUCAUGGUGCUGCUGUGCCGGGCAUUGUGCCAAGGACUCCCCUACAUUAUUAGCUCAUUUAAUCCUCAAAAAAUGCUAUUAUUCUCUCUUUACAGACCAUGAAAUGGAGGCUCAGGGGGUGAAGGGCUAAGCAAGAUCAUUCAACAAUAAAUGCAGGGACCAGGACUC